AUGUACAAGCGCAAAUUCGGCGUGGACCUGGACGAGGAUGAGGACGACGAGGGCCUGUUCGAGGACGCGGACGGCACGAAGUGGAAGUUGUCCGAGGGCCGCGGCUUGCUGACAGGCCUGGAGGACAAGCUGCAGGACCUGAAAGCACUGUACAAGCGUAAAUUCGGCUUGGACCUGGACGAGGAGGAGGACGAGGGCCUCUUUGAGGACGCCGACGGCACCAAGUGGCAGGUAACAGAGGGACGCGGCCCGCUCGUGGCGUUGGAGCAGAGGUUGGAGGACCUGAAGGCCCUGUACAAGCGCAAGUAUGGUCUGGACAUGGACGAGGAGGACUGCGCCGACGGCCCCCUGGUGGAGGACCAAGACGGCACGAGGUGGGUGGUGACAGAGGGCCGUGGCGCCUUCGCCGGCCUGGAGGACCGCCUCGACGACCUGAAGGCCCUCUACGAGAUGCGCUUCGGUGUAGACCCCAAGGAGGACGAGGACGAGGACGCGGGCGACGCGAGCGUGUACAAGGACCAGGACGGAACCAGGUGGAUCGUCGCGGCCGGCCAGGGUCCCCUCGCAGGCCUGGAGGAGAGGCUCGACGACCUGAAGUCUCUGUACAGGAAGAAGUAUGGCGUCGACGUGGACGCGGACGACCUGGACGUAGAUGUGGAGGAGAUGCCCCGAGCCGCUGUUGGCCGGCUCGGCCCGCCGCGGGCGUCCUCGAGGCGGUCGCAGCGGGGGCGGCAGGGCGGCGCGAGGACGGGAGGAGGCGGAGGCGGCUCCACAGCUGGCGUCCCGGGGCGGCUGCUGGCGCGGAGCGCUGUGCCUGCUCUUCGGGCGGCCGCGCGCGGCGUGAGGUGGAAGACGAGGAGGCUGAGGACUCGUGAGUCCGUUUGA